AUGUUGAAGAAGGAACCAGUCGCGAUGACGUCCAGUUCGCGCAACCUUCACCUGAGUCAGUCGAGCAUUGACGGCCGCGGCAGCGUGCGCAGCCGCAGCGGCCGCGGCAGCAUUCACACGAUCUCCAGCACAGUGAUCCACAUCGAGCGUUACACGGGAAUCUGCAGCGGCGACCCAGUAACGCGGCGCGGCAAACGCAUCCAACUCGCCAAGGUGCUCGGCGUCAUCAUGAUCCCGAUCAUCGCCGUCAUCUCGCAGAAUCUUGCGUUACUCAUCGGGAGCGUCGGCGAGCGGUCGCGCGUCGGCUCGCUAAGCGAGCAGGUGUCGACGGGAGUCGAGAUCGGGAAUCUAAUCCACCAUGUUCAGAUCGAGCGCGGCAUCACGGCGCUGUAUAUAGCAAGCCAGGGCGACGCCGCCGUCGCCGAACGCCGCGCCGAGGUUAGCCGCGACACAGACAACAUGCUCGUGAACAUCUCGCUGUGGCCGCAGAGCGAGAACACACCGGAGGCGUUCCGCACGAAGAACAAGUUCCAGCUGGAGCUGAACAAGCAUCGGUAUCAUCUCAGUCGCCUCAGCAUCGAAUCGGCAACAGUGAGAGCGGAGAUUCUUUAUUACUCGGGUCUCAUUGAGCUGCUCCUGGAUUGGGUAACCGACGUCGUGCAGCAGUCCAAGGGAUCGGAGAAUUGGAAAUCGCUGGUCGCAUACAGUUCGCUAGUACACGGGAAGGAACAAGCGGGAAUCGAACGAGCUACGGGGAGCAGUUUCUACGCGGCUGGAGGCUACACAACACCGGAGCUGGUCGACUACACGGAGAAGUUAUUCCAAGGCAGAGCCUACCUGGAUAGUGCUAACCGCUAUUCGCCGAUCAUCGUGCGCGUGUUAAGCACGCAUUACUACAACACGAGCCUCGAGCAGGUGAUUGAGUCAAUGCGGGAGACGAUACUCCGCAACGAGCAGCGGAAGGAAUCGGCGCAGCAGGGCACGAUCUGGUUCGAAAAGAUGACGGCGUUCAUCGACAUCCUGCACGUCGCCGAGCUGGCGAUGACCGAGCACAUCCAGGUGACACUCAGCGAGGACGUGUCGCAGGCUAGCCGUCGCAUGACGAUCAACAUCUGCAUCCUCGUCAUCGUCGUUGUAGUUUCGCCUAUCAUCGUCUACUUCGUCUACAACAUGACGACCAACAUACAGAAGUUCAUCGGAAAGAUGAACGAGACCGUAGCCGAGCUGAAUCGAGAGAAGAAGCGCGCAGAGAUCCUCCUCUACCAGAUGCUACCCAAAGCUGUCGCCUCUAAGCUGACGAACCGUGAAGCCAUCGAGCCGGAGACCUUCGCCGAGGUGACCGUCUUCUUCUCGAACAUCGUCGACUUCGAUCAGAUUUGCUCCCAGCUGACGCCCAUACAAGUCGUACACAUGCUCAACACGCUCUACCAGACGUGCGAUUCCAAGAUCGAGCUCUACGAUGUGUACAAGGUCGAGACGAUAGGUGGUGCCUACAUGGUGGUGUCGGGCUGUCCCACUCGUAACGGCUCGAAGCAUGCCAGUGAGAUCGCCUCCAUGGCUCUCGAUCUCAUGACAGUCAUUGAAAACAUCCCCGUACCACAAAACAUUGACGCCAUCCUCCAGCUGAGAGCUGGAAUCCAUUCAGGAACUCUGGAAGAGGACGAAGCAGGCCCCAAUGGAAACCCAAAUCAGAAGAAAGAAGUAGGGAUGGGUGGGCCACACGCUGCAGAAAGAAGCGACCGACACAACACGCUCGACGCUGAGCUGGCACCCGCAAGGAAGACGUCGGGAGGAAAGACCUCAAGUAACCUGGAGGCGAGACUGAGAGGUUGA